UUAUCUUCCAAUAUAGGUUUCCGACAUGAUAUGCCAAUGUGGGAUUUAAUCAAAAUAAAUGAAUAUUCUUUAAAACUCGACUAAACACAUCAGUUAAGUGUUAUCAACAGAAUUUUAAAGGUUACAGUAGAAUCUAACAUUAAAAGCAAUGCCAGAAACCAAGGAAGAAAAAAUCCGACGAUUGAAUCAGGAACUGGAAGAUUUUAUUGCAGCAGAGGUAGCAAAAUCUCAGGAGAAGAAGCAAGGAGAUGAGAAAAGCUUUGAAGAAGUUCUAAAUGAAAUUGAAAACCAUCCAGCAUUUCUCAAGGAUAUUGACUACUCAAAACCUCUCAGUCAGGAUAUGGAAGGACUGAUGAGACUUAAAUAUGAGCAACAAGACCCAACUAGCAAUGCUGAGUCCUUCAAAGAAGAUGGGAAUGUUGAAUUCAAGAAGAAGAGAUAUGACAUAGCAAUAGAUAACUACACGGCUGGGAUAAAGUUCAAAUGCCCAGACAAAGCUCUGAAUGCUGUGCUGUAUACGAACAGAGCAGCAGCCCAGUUCCACAAACAAAAUUACAGAUCAGCAUUUCAAGAUGCAAUCAUUGCUCAUAAAUUCAAACCAGACCAUAUGAAGGCAGUUAUAAGAGGUGCUCAGUGUUGCAUGGAGAUGAAAAAAUAUUCCGUAGCAAGCUUAUGGAGUGAUUUUGGACUAGCAAUAGAAGAAACAAACACAGUCCUUUUGGAUAUUAAACAGAAAGCAGAGAAAUACAAGAGCAUACAAGAGAAAGAAGAAAGGAAAGAAGCUGCUAAGGAACGAAAAGAAUUAGCUGAGCACAAGAAACUUAUAACAACAAUAAAAAGUCAUGGUAUCCGGCUAGCUGGACUAGCCGACAAAGGUUAUGAUCCCCUUCUCUUCACAAAUGUCGAGUUACAUAAUCCUAGUGGAGCUACGGUUUAUGUUGAUGGCAACGACACUUUACACUGGCCAGUGUUGUUCAUGUAUCCUGAGCACACACAGACAGACUAUAUAGAGGACUUCAAUGAAAACAGCACAUUUCAAGAUCAUUUAUUGCACAUGUUUGGUCCUGAUGUACCACCUGCUUCUUGGGAUCUUGACAAAAAGUACAAACCUGACGACUUCCUGAUUUAUUACGAGGACAAAGAGAAGACUACAUUACAUCAGAUAUCACAAUCUUGUUCUCUGCUAAAAGCUCUUCAAAACAAAUGGGUUGUGGUGGAAGCUGGGACUCCAUGUUUUAUCAUUCUUGUCAACAAAUCACGAUUCCAUGAACAUUUUGUCAAAGAAUACACAGUGUUUCCUUCUUAAAAAUAAAAAUUGCCACUGAA